AAGGUGCCGUUCUCCCUCAAGAGAGAAACGGCGCAUGACAUCCUCUUCUCCAAAGUAACUCCAAAUCAUUUUCUUGCGGAUUACUCCUCCACGCAUUGACAAAGUUGCAGAGACUUCACGGCAGACACCAGCUUCUGUCUGCUGCUUUUUUGAGCGUCAAACAUUCUUUUGCUUUGUAAAUGUAUUUGUAUAAAACAUGCUUGAUGUAUAUAUAUAUUACAGUUUUGUAAAUCUUAAUUUUCAAUGUCUUAUGCAGAAUGUAACUUGACUUGUUCCUUCUUAACUGUUCAGAUUGCCCUGCAGCCACAAAAAUCAGAGAAUGUGUUGCUAACAUGCAUGACAUGCACUCAUGUGAAUUUUUGGUUAAAUAAAUAUUUAUUUUUCUAAUCAAAGGUUAUUGAGUUGUAGGCUGUUAUCACUUUCCUCUUCUCUGGCAAAUCAAAGAAAAUUCUAAAAAAAAAAAUUAAAUAACCAAUUUAUUCGUGCCUUUCCUGUGCUGUGAUUGGAUGGAAAGUCUCGUCAGAAAUCCAACUGAUAAGAUAAAUAAAAGUCUUUUAUUUUGUUAACAUUUCUUGUGGGCAGAAAUCUGGUAUAAGGAGUUUUUUUUUGGUAGGUCAGCUCGGUCCAUCACUGCUGGCCAUGACUGUAUAGAUUGAUCUCAGCCAAUAAGAAAUCUCGGCCUCUGAUUGGUCGUGAAGUGCAUAAUCAUGACUUGACAGUCUCUCCAGAAUCGGGACUUUCUAAGGUGAAUCGAGGGUGACCUUCGCUGUCCGUGGUGCUGAAAGUUAACCUCUUGAAUUCCUUCACAUUUUUGCUUCGCUACUAUAAUUAUUUCAUUCAAACUAUAAAAGAACAGAAAUCUGAUUGAUUCUAGAUUUAAAAAAAUAUCAAUGUGAUUGAACUUGAAUUACUGCACAUCCAUCCAUGUCUGCUGAAAUCACAGUGAUGUGUUGCUUGAGUUUAUUCUCUUGAGUUACAGAUUGUAUAAAUGUGCUACAGAGCGGCUUUGGAUGGAGUUUUCCAUCCUUGCAGUGCUGGUUGCGCCAGUGCUGGCACACAAGCGCUCUUGUUUUUGUUGUGCAUGAAGAACUUCUGACGGCGUCCUUUAGUAGAGCCGGUCUGCAUUGCGUCGAAACCCCUCCAACUCCUCCUCCCCAUCCUCCUCCUCCUCCUCCUGCUGCUACUGCUGCUGCUGCUUCUGCCCUCCCUCCCUCACUCUCCUCCCCUCGCAUCCACUGCACUUUCACGUAAAAUGCACUGAAAACCGGCUUGACAUUGUUGAGUGUUUUUUUUUUUUUUGGUCGUCGCUGCUACACCUGUCCAUCCUCUUCUGAUUUUUCUCCUUUUUGAUAGCAAUCGUUUCCUCCAUCCUCUCCAGCUAAAACAUCCCGUCCGUCUUCCUGACUUGUGGCCAAAAAAGGUGCAGAUUUAUGCUGAUGCAGUGAUGUCUGGAAAUGUCAAGGGCUCGCUUAUUGCGCUCUAAUGUAUCUCCCCCUCCGAACUGCAGCGCAAGGUUCUCUCCUGCGGUACAGACUGGGAACUGCUCUCCCCGCCGCGUACCUCGGAGCACUUCUCUGCUACAGACUCUCCUCACUGGACCGCUCAGCUUCACCAUUUUUUUUUUCUUUUUUUUGAAAAAAUGCAUUUUUGCACGAGGUGAUCACUCCACCGAGGCUGAUUUUUGACAGGUGCUACGCAAAGUUUCCAUCUGGUAUUGGAUGAGUCCACUUGAGCGAAGACGUCUCAAGACCAAGCUACGCAGAGGCAGCAGCAGCAGCGAAUGCUGCAGAAGCGCUGGAGAACAGCAAUGGUCAAGUCAGCGAGAGCCGCAGUGGAGCCGCACUGAGGCAGAGCAGCCAACCGCCCCCCUCGCAUCUGGGGACGCCUCCAACAGUCUAAGGGGUGUGGGAUGCUGAGGAGUUGAAAAAAACAUUUUUUUUCCUCAUCCUGAAUGCCUGACCAGUCAGCCUAACCGACACGUUUCCCGUUCCUCCUCCUUUAUCACCUGCUCCUCCUCUUCCCCAAAAUGACCGUAGUAGCGGGGGAUAACAUGGAUGACACCUCAGCCGUCCCGGGCCACCCUCAGGACACCUACCCCCCAGAUCACAAUGACCACGAGUGCUGCGAGAGAGUGGUCAUCAACAUUGCUGGCCUCCGGUUUGAGACUCAGCUAAAAACUCUCUCCCAGUUCCCAGAGACAUUGUUGGGUAACCCCAAAAAGAGAAUGCGGUACUUUGACCCCCUGAGGAAUGAGUACUUCUUCGACAGAAACCGCCCCAGCUUUGAUGCCAUCCUGUACUACUACCAGUCAGGCGGGCGUCUGCGGAGGCCAGUGAAUGUACCCCUGGACAUGUUCUCAGAAGAGAUCAAAUUUUACGAGCUGGGAGUGGAUGCGAUGGAGAGGUUCCGAGAGGACGAGGGUUUCAUCCGAGAGGAGGAGCGGCCUUUACCUGAGAAGGAGUUCCAGCGACAGAUCUGGCUCCUCUUUGAGCACCCCGAAAGCUCAAACACAGCCAGAGGGAUUGCCAUUGUGUCUGUGAUGGUCAUCCUGAUAUCUAUAGUCAUUUUUUGUUUGGAGACUUUGCCACAGCUGAAGGUUGACUCCUCGGUUCGUUUCCAUACGGUGGGGAACUCUACUUUUUAUUACAAACCAAACAUCUUCACUGAUCCCUUCUUCGUCAUCGAGACUCUCUGCAUUAUUUGGUUUUCGUUUGAGUUGAUAGUCCGCUUUCUGGCAUGCCCGAGCAAACCAGCCUUCUUCAAAAACAUGAUGAACAUGAUUGACAUUGUGGCUAUCAUCCCUUAUUUCAUCACACUGGGAACCGAGCUGGCUGAAGACCCGAACAACGAGGCGGUGGGGGAGCAAGCGACAUCUCUGGCCAUCCUCAGGGUUAUCCGUCUGGUCAGGGUGUUUCGGAUCUUCAAGCUGUCUCGACACUCCAAAGGACUUCAGAUUCUGGGCCAGACCCUUAAGGCCAGCAUGCGAGAGCUGGGAUUGCUGAUCUUCUUCCUGUUCAUUGGAGUCAUCUUGUUCUCCAGCGCCGUCUACUUUGCUGAGGUGGAAGACGGAGCGUCCUUUGGCAGCAUUCCGGAUGCCUUCUGGUGGGCUGUUGUAUCCAUGACAACUGUGGGCUAUGGGGAUAUGGUACCGGUCACUAUAGGGGGCAAGAUUGUAGGAUCUCUGUGCGCCAUUGCUGGAGUGUUGACAAUUGCACUUCCAGUGCCUGUAAUUGUGUCCAAUUUCAACUACUUCUACCACAGGGAGACCGAGGGGGAGGAGCAAGCACAGCUGCUCAACGUUAGCACUCCCAACAUCCCCUCCGAAACCGACUCCAGCCGCCGUAGCUCCUCUGUCGUCAGCAAGUCAGAGUACAUGGAGAUCGAUGGAGACAUCAACAAUAGCAUCGACAACUUUAGGGAGGCAAACCUUAGAACUGGAAAUUGCACUAUAGCCACUCAGAACUGUGUAAAUAAAAGCAAGCUGCUAACAGAUGUUUAGAUGUGAGGCUAGAAACUUUUCCAUGAGGUAGACCAUCAGUUAGGAAUGCUUGAUUUACCCCUCCAAAGCACUCUAAAGCACUAGGCCUCCAACCAUGCUCAGCUAUACUUGAAAGGAAGCAGAAAAAACAGCUUCUGAAGUACAUGCCAUGUAGAUCAACCAAUUCUACCGAUCCUACGAAUAUAUAGUCAUUUCUAAAAGAAAGCAUUGAUCAUAACAAAUAUACACGGCUCCCAAGAGGACACAGAGUGCAUCUAGUCUUAUCAGACACAGGCGUGAUAAUUAAAAUCUUAUGCAUGGAGUACAGAUAACAUUUCAGCAAGUUGCACAACGCACCAGAAACGACUGCACACACGCGCAAGCCUCAGCGACCACGUGGUAACCGCCAAGAAGUCCGACGACCUCCCGCCAUGCGUCACCUUCCCCCCUCUCUCCCCACCCCCCCAUAAACCACUCAGCAAAGCACCUUACAGGAGGAAAGACUGAUCCUUCUUCUUUGGAUGUAAACCGACGGUGGUCUGCUCGCUUCACAGACGUCUGCACUGCUGUCGCUCCCCAGCAGCUGCUGUUACUGCGUUAUCACCAAGUGAUUCAACGCCAUGCCCUUUAGAUGCAACGCAGCGCCACGACAAAAAAAAGAAAAAAAAAGCGAGCUUCACACGAGCAUGAUCUAGAGACUUUCCAUUUUGAUAUUGGCAUGCACAAGUCAUGUGUCACACAAGAAGAAAAAACAAAAAAAAUGUUGUUUUGGAUGUCUGCCUCCAUUCCCCCUGGCUCAUAUGUUUACAUUUUGAGUGCACUGGACGAGGUUUUAAUUUGAAAAAUCAUUUAGAAGCAUAGGAAAUGAAUGUAAAAUCUUAAGGGAAACAUUACAUAAAUGAGAUCAUAGCAUGAAAAAAAAGUUACCUGCAUUAUGGCCUUUCAGCUAAGGUACUUUUGUAUCCUGGUAUAUUAAAUGCAUGAUGUGAGUAUACAGCCUGUUGCAAUUCAAGCACUCUGCAGUGCCCUAACAUCAGGGAAACUGAGGAAAUCAAAAGUCUUUCUGAAUUGUUAUCAAAUAUAUCCAAAGCCACCUUGAGGAUGCAGAGUUUCUAAUUUAAAAGUAGGCAAAAUGCUGAGUAAGUAAUUUCAGAAAUGCACAAUAUAACCACGGUAAGCAUCAGUUAUAGUAUUAGUCAAUAGUUCAGUGCAUGGACCUUUUUUGAACAAGAAAAUGUAGAAUAUUUUCAGUCAUUAUUCCAUCUCCACCUCUCAGUUUAGUACACGUUGGUUUAAAAUCCACUGAGAAACGUCAUAGUUUAGAUUCUUUUUGUGACAUUAGUUGCGAGUGCCUUUAUCCCUUCCACCAACAGGACCAGUGAAAGUGCCUCAGAGUACUUAGUGGAGUGAAGCGGGUUUGUUUCAGAGAGUUGACGCCAGACCGGUUACGCUCAAAUAGCGAUGGGAUGGAUGGUAAAAAUCCAUGCUGCCAUGCACAACCCAGUUCUCAUGUCAUGCACUUAAACAUCAAAAGUAUUGUACUCUGCAUGUUUGCCAUUUUAACUCGAAACCGUUUUCCUCCAUGCCUUUUAUUUGCACCAUCCUUUUCCGGGUCUCUACCUCAGCUAUAGAUCAUUGCAAACUUGCUGCAGAGCUGCAAGCUUCAGUGCAGGGCUUCCUAUACGAUAAUGCAAAAUAGAACCAUAAGUGUUAAUUGCAGUCAUGCAGUUCUGAAUGUGAAAGUCCCAAAGCAUAGCCUUUACACAAGCACUUAUAUGUAAAACAAGUAGCUCAUUUGCAAACCUGCUCUUUUGCUCACUUAAAGCUGCGCACAAUCAGGACAGUAACUUGAAAACAGUUUGCAGAGAUGACUUUUCCCGGACGGAUGCAGGUCAAAGGUUCUUCAGAACGGUGCUAUGUCCAGUUUAGAGGGGUGUACACCUGAAUGCUUUUAACAUAUUUGUGUAGAAUCCAGAGGAGAAGCUUAACUUAGCUAAUAAAUACAAUAUAUUGCACUUUUUGGGCAUUAUCAUGUACAAAUAAACUGUACCUCGUCUUUUUAUUUUUGCACAAAGGAUUCAUUCAAAUGCUUGAAAUGCUUUUCUUGGUUGCAAGAUUUUUUUUUAUGAUUUUCUGCAGUGCCUGCUCAUUUUUUCAUGUGCAGAUGGGAGGAGAAGUGCUGAUAGAUUGGGACAAAAUGUAAUGACUACUUGAAAAUCUUCUGCUACUGUACAUAAAUCUGCACUGGAGUGAGUUUAUCCGAGCGAUAGUUGUACUGUACGCGCUUUUUUAGCGCUUUCCUGACAAAAAACCCUGCAGGAUCUGAAAAGAGCUUCAGUGCAGGGGGGCCUCCGAGUGUCUCAGCUGCUUCUGUUGGUGCAAUGGCCGUCUUUUGUGGUGCUAGAACAGGAGGGACCCUCUCUGUUGUCCUGUUUCCUGAACAUGAGAAGCUUUCCAAAAAUGACUCUCACAGCAAAACGUGAAGGAGUUUCAAAAACAAUGAUGCAUCUCUGAUAUUUUCAGAGAAAUGUUCGUUCUUGGAGACAAAUUUGAAUGGAAGAAAUUAACAAUCUCAACUUUAAUUGAGCUAAAAGCUGCACAAAAAUCCUCAAAAAAAUAUUAAAAAGCUGCUUCGUUUUUUAAAUGAGAAAGUUGAAGUUUUUACCCCUCAACUCCAGCUUUUACAUUAUAAUUUUGCCAUCAUUUAGUUGUUAAAUAAAACUACGACUGUUGUAUUUACCGACAACAAUCAAAAUAUCUUGACUAUUUCCCGUUUUGCUGUGGAGUCUGCCUCAGUUAAUCCACUUUAUUUUUCCCCUUUCUGCCGUCAGGACAGAUGUGUCCUGAUGCCAGAACCAGAAAUGUUGGAAACUGUUGCUUUGGAGCACAGAUGUGUAAGAAGUCAGGCUGUGCUCCAUCUGUGUGUAUCAGUCCAAAGUGAGGUGGAAAAAAAAAAAUCACAUAUUCGACCUCACCUAACAGAUGGUGCUACGCAUUCACCUGUCCGACUGAAAACAUGCACAUUUUGUUUGUAAAAGAGAGCGAAUCUUUCCUGGUUGCACAUAAAACACCUAAAACAGGGCUACAAAUGAAAGGUUUUUUGGGGAUUUUGUGAAAUCCCUCUGGGUAAAAUGACAAAGCUGGUGUUUUAUUUGAUAAAGAUGUUUUUAUAGUGGUUGUAGAGAGAGCCCAUAGCCAUAACUGCUGUAGGAGAAAUUUAAAAAAGUUAAGGAUAAUAAUUUGUUUUCCUGUUCCCUUUUUUUGCUCGCUAUGCGAUAUCUGUAAAAACAUGGAGCUAUUAAUACAGUCGGAAAAUCUUAUUAGCUUUAGCAAAAAAAAUGCUAUCUUAAUACUAAAGAAAUGUAAUCUCUGCAUACUGUACUUACAAAAAGAACAAUGUGAGUCCUUUUUUCUUUAUUCUGUGUACUAGAACUGUAAAAUGACUGAUUUAUUAAUAACAUGCCUUAUAAUAAAAUAGGAAAAAUACAUCUUCCGCCAGCAAGCCAUGAAUAUGAACCUGCAGUGCGACCAUCUCUCGCCAUACUCUGGACGAAACAGCCUAUCAAAAAACCUGCAUUUUUGUUUUUCUUUGAACAAAAAAAAUGGACAAAAUGUGAUUCACACCUGUUCAAAUCUUUUUUUCCAGCUGACACUUCUGCUGUAAUGUAUCUACCUUCUGGUUGCAAAAAGAAAAAAAAUAAUCUGCAUGAGAGAUGGAAGACUGCAUGAGCUUUGCCUUUCCAGCUUCUGAUCGACUGUAAUCCAGCAGCACCAUUUCAAUGAAGGAACCCUUGCUUUUGUGCACACGGAGGCCCUGUUCAGAAGUCGAGACGUUCCCUCUGCCGGAUUUCUUAAAAGCACCUUAUAGGGGCCGACCGGAUUGUGGAGAUGGCGCGGGGUGUUUGAGCUCACCGGCUGAUCAGGUUGUGCUGUCUGGACUCUGAAUGUGAGCAACGUCAACAAGGGCUAGUUUCUUAGACUCUCGGACUGAAAUGCUCUCUCGGUUAUCUCAGUCCCGACUGUGAGAAACACGUCCAUCAAUCCCCUGAACGGGUAUCGGGCAAGAAGUGUGGAUGCUGGAUCGCUUUCUUGCCUGCCGAAUGUUGGGACGUUGUGUCCCUCACUUAAGAAGUUCAUGUUUGUGUUAGAAGUGUGAUGGCAAGGAAGUUUGUAUUUUCUAUUACGAAUGCACAUUUGCCAGCUGGUCGGGAAGCUGGGACCUUCUGGAGUAAAUCACUGAAGGACUGUUGAAGUCUUGCUCUGCUCUUCUUUUCAUCCACAAAGCUAGCACAACCCAUCAUCUAAUGCAGCCAUUGUCGUCAUGUUAUGUUUCAUCAAGAAUUUCUGCUGCAACAUGUUCUGUUUGUCAGAUGAGAAAAAGGCAUGGUCAAAGAUCUAUGCAAGGGUUACUUGUGUUUCUUUCCUAUAUCACCUAUGAUUUCAUCUGACAUUACCUUCAAUAAAUUUUUAAGGAUC